AUGGAGGAGUACACAAUAGAAGAGGAGUACACAAUAGAAGAGAAGUACACAAUAGAAGAGGAGUACACAAUAGAAGAGGAGUACACAAUAGAAGAGGAGUACAAAAUAGAAGAGAAGUACACAAUAGAAGAGAAGUACACAAUAGAAGAGGAGUACACAAUAGAAGAGGAGUACACAAUAGAAGAGGAGUACACAAUAGAAGAGGAGUACACAAUAGAAGAGGAGUACACAAUAGAAGAGGAGUACACAAUAGAAGAGGAGUACACAAUAGAAGAGGAGUACAAAAUAGAAGAGGAGUACACAAUAGAAGAGGAGUACACAAUAGAAGAGGAGUACACAAUAGAAGAGGAGUACACAAUAGAAGAGGAGUACACAAUAGAAGAGGAGUACACAAUAGAAGAGGAGUACACAAUAGAAGAGGAGUACACAAUAGAAGAGGAGUACACAAUAGAAGAGGAGUACACAAUAGAAGAGGAGUACACAAUAGAAGAGGAGUACACAAUAGAAGAGGAGUACAAAAUAGAAGAGGAGUACACAAUAGAAGAGGAGUACACAAUAGAAGAGAAGUACACAAUAGAAGAGGAGUACACAAUAGAAGAGGAGUACACAAUAGAAGAGGAGUACACAAUAGAAGAGGAGUACAAAAUAGAAGAGGAGUACACAAUAGAAGAGGAGUACACAAUAGAAGAGGAGUACACAAUAGACAAAGAUAUAAAAAAAGGGGAUGAGGAGAGACUUGACAAGAUGGUUGACAAGUCAUGGAGGAGAGAGCGGCGACAACAGAGAGGCCUGUUAAGGAUUAAGAGAAGGGAGUACCUGUGA